AUGAGUCAUCCGUAUUUCACGCCGUCGGCUGUUCAUGGAUAUGGUACCCCGCACACAACUGGUAUGUCUUUCACUCCUUCGAUGUCGAAUGAACCUGCAACUCUGAUUUUUGUCCCGGAGACUCAACUUUCCGACCGUGAAUCCCCAAUUGAGGUGGUUAAUUUAGAAAAGGCGGUUUCAAAUGCUGAGGGUACAAAAAAGCGUUCAAGUUGGACAAAGGUUGAAGACGAGGUCUUAGUGAGAAGUUUUGUCACUAUCAGUGAUGAUCCAAUAAUCGACAAUGAUCAAAAGGCGGAUGCUUUUUGGGGACGGGUUGCAAGCUACUACAAUGAGAAUCUUCCCCUAAGUUCAAACACCAGAAGUACAAAUGUUAUACGGUCACAUUGGCACAAUACAAUCCAAAAGAAGGUAUAUCGAUUCAACGCAAAUUACAAUAGUAUUUAUAGUUCAUAUCGAAGUGGUCACAGUGAUGAAGAUAUAUUGAGGUUUGUGUACGAAAAAUAUUUAUCCGAAAAUAAUGGUGUUGCAUUCAAUCUCGAACAUGUGUGGAGAAUUGUCAAAGACCGCCCAAUGUUUACUCCACAGUCCGCUGAUCACUUUGUGGAGACAAAGAAGACGAGGCCUCAGAGUCAGGAGCAAGCAUCACCUCCUCCAACCAAGAUGUGA